CUAAACCCCCCUUAGCUUGCUUUCUUAUCUCUUUCUGGGAAGAGAGAGUGAGAUUUGGUUGUCUCACCUCUGUGGGUUUCUCAAUCAUUAUGGCUUCAACUUUGCUGUUGGUGGCGGUCUUUGUGAUUGAUCUCAUUGCUUUUGCCCUUGCUGUUGCUGCUGAGCAGAGGAGGAGCAGCGCUGAUGUUGUCCAAGAUGGAAAUACAAGCUACUGUGUUUAUGACAAGGACAUUGCCAGCAGCUUUGGUGUGGGAUCGUUGCUGCUCCUUUUGCUUAGUCAAUUACUAAUAAUGGCUGCAAGUCGAUGCUUGUGCUGUGGGAGGGCCAUGAGACCAAGCGGCUCUAGAGCAUGGGCUAUCGUCCUGUUUAUCACCUCCUGGGUGUUCUUUUUCAUUGGCGAAGUUUGCUUGCUAGCUGGGUCAGUGCGUAAUGCUUAUCACACCAAGUACAAGGGCAUCCUGUCAGAUCAGCAGAUAUCAUGCCAGGUAUUGAGGAAGGGAGUCUUUGAGGCCGGGGCUGCCUUUGUUGUCUUAACAGGCAUUGUCUCGGAACUUUACUAUGUUAGUUACUCCAAAGCCAAUGAUGGAAAGGCUACCUAUGCUAGAGAUACAGGCAUUACAAUGGGAAGCCUAUAGAUGAUUUCAGUUACUAGAGGAUGUUAGUCCCAUUCUAAUUUGUACUCCAUACUAGUUCGACCGUGGUGUUUAGAGUACCCGCCUAGCUGAGUUUGUGAUUGAGUAUUUGUUCACUCUAUUACCACUUACUAAAAGGCCAAGGAUUCUACAGUAUUCUUUGGAAUUGGUUUUCUGAAUGCAUAAUGGAAUACAUAACAAAACAAAGG